AUGAGCGCCGGUGCCAGUCGCCGUCAGGGCAGCCGGUCUCAGGAGGAGCUGUUCCUGACAACCACCACAUCGCAGCCAUCGCAAACGGAGUCGCCGGUUAUUGAGCCACUGCGCAUCAACAAACGAGAAUCCCCUUCCCCGGCCUCAUCGAACGGCAUUGUUCUGCCCUAUCCGGAUGACCGGCAGAGACCCCAACAGGUUCGAACAGCGGGUUCCAGUGGUUCUAGUCCGAUCAGCUCAGCAGCGGCAUCUUGCGAUUCUCCCACUGUUCCGAAUCAUAUCUCCUCGCGGCCUUCAGGGUUUCCUACAGCUUUGCGGCCCCGGGAAGGACGUGAACCCAAGCAGGCAACUCUAGCUGAGCGACGAGGGAACGUCCCAAAGCCGCUCCCUGAAUCUCCAAGCGGAGAGUCUCCAGACAGAGAAGGAUUAUUUGCUAGAAUCCACCCCCGCUUUCCGGCUCCUGCAGUGUCAAACGACGGCGCAUACCCCCAAAAUAGCAGCCCCGAGCAGCAACACACGCUUUACUACCCGCCUCCACAGGCGUCCCCGAGACCAACCGUCUCACAGAAUGAUCUGCAGCCGAAUAGCACAAUCAAUCGAAUCAGCUCCACAGCCUCAAAUUCGACGACGCGUGCUCAACGUGGCUCGCCACCGCCACCGGAGACUCCGGUGGUAGAACCUGGACAACAUUCGGCAUCAGAUAUCGAGGCUCGAUACGCAGCUUCUGGGAUAGCCGGGACCUCGACACUAGCAGGCUUGCAAGCACGAAGCGCUGCCGCCCAGAGGAGAGCAGAACAAUACGCCGGACAACAGCCUCGAAGUCGACAACCAGCGCCGGAGAUUCCGCGGCCGUGGACUCCGACCGAACAACCUGGCACGCAACCUCAUGGGCCCCCUACUGUAUAUCAGGGGGCAGGGGUUGUAUCGGAUGAGGGUCGUUCAGCACCAAGCAGAGAAUCAGAAGAGGCCUCGUACCAGGCUGCGCCGGUUCAGCAACCGACGAGGAUCCCCCCAAAUGCUCUUGAAAAUGACCUUGAGCGCAUGCGAAUUAGCUCAUCCCCCCCGCCCGCCUAUUCAAGUGUAUCAGGGCCCGCAACCUCACAAGCCUAUUCCGCUGAAAAGCAGCGGCCCGUAGCAUCGGCGGGACAGCAACCUGUCACAGACGCUCACCCUAACGCUACGAGUCCCACAGGUAGUGCCUCUCAUGCCACCGCACCCGUUGCAUCCGCUCAUCCGGCGUUUGCAAAUGAUUUGCGACGUCAGGGGUCGCUGGCGGUGUCGCCCGAGGUUGGCGGGCAGGUAUUGCUGUCGCAGAACGGUCAUCACUCUGUUCUCCAACAAGCUCAGGUGAAUACGUUGUCGUCCGCGUCCUCUGGACUUCCACCGGCUUCUCCGCCACCACUACCCGAAGGGUGGAUUGCUCACCUGGACUCCAACUCCGGCCAAUAUUAUUACAUUCAUCUGCCCACUCAAUCAACCCAGUGGGAAUUUCCCAAAGGGCCAACGCCUUUGAAUCUCAAUGACACUCCAUUGUCCCCGGUAGGCAGCGUGUACAGCAGUCACCCUCUGGCUUCGCCGGUAUUCUCGGCAUUUGGUAAGCCGCUGACCUCUCCUGGUCUUCCUUUGACCCCAGGAUACGAAAGCCUGCAAUCUCCUGUUGUGGCAGGGUUUAGUGGGCCUCCUCCAAGUAAUGGGAUAGAUUUGUAUAAAGUCGCACCGACCAACGGUGUAUACUUUGGCCCGUAUCUCCGCUACACCAAUAUGGAUGUCGAGCGAGGCGUUUGGAUGGGCUCCAUCCUUCUAGUCACCGAUGCGGCGCAACCUCCUACAAUACAUAUCCAUCAGAGUAUUGAUCUGUCACCGAAUCCACGUCAGUUGAAGGCGACACCUAUCGCUGUGCACCAGCGUUGGACCUUCUACAAGUACGAGAUUGAUCUACAGAUGGAUGAAACAGGGCCUGCUAAGUGGACCUACGCCAUCACGUCCCAUUUGGGCUGUACACGGUAUGAGUUCCUGAUCGCAGGGCGAUACGAAACAAGCUGGCGCUUUAUUACUACGUCUGGCAACGAUUUUUCCUUGAAUGUGAAUGCGAAUGAACGGUCCCGCCUUGGGGGUAUAGGGUUCAUGUGGAAAGAUAUCAUGCAGAAACAUAACGAAAUUGGGGGAUUCCAUGCGCAACUCUGCCUUGGAGGUCAGAUCUACGCUGAUCGUAUGUGGAAGGAGAUCUCGUGUCUGAAGCAGUGGCUUGCAAUGAGCGGAAAGGAGACGCGAAAAAACGCGCCGUGGACCACAGCCCACGAAGAAGACGUUUCCCAUGCGUACUUCCAUUAUUACACGAGCCAUUUUGACCAACCCUAUCUACGCGAGUCAUUCGCACAGAUCCCAUAUGUCUGCCAGAUUGACGAUCAUGAUAUCUUUGACGGAUAUGGCUCCUACCCGGAGCACAUGCAAUUCUCGAACAUGUUCAAGAAUAUAGGCCGAAUUGGAACGGAGAUGUAUCUGCUCUUCCAGCAUCAUACCACUCUGGAUCUACUCCGCAGUACCAGGACCGACACCGAUCUGUUCACAAUAACCGGUACUGGCUGGCAUUUUGUGAAAUACUUGGGACCCGCUGUAGUCGCCGUUGGGCUAGAUUGUCGGUCAGAGCGCAACCCGCACCAGGUCAUAGCUGGACCAACAUAUCAAGGCAUCUUUCCUAAAGUGGUAAUGCUCCCUGCUAAUGUACAACACUGCCUGUGGAUGCUCUCGGUACCCAUCAUCUAUCCACGGCUAGAGACAGCAGAACAUAUAGCACAUACGGUUGCAACGGGAAAGAGGGCCGUGACCGGGGCAUACAAUGUUCUUGGGAAAGUUACCAGCUCCGUAGCCGGUGUGGUCGGAGCCAAGGACGUUGUAGGCUCCGGUUUCAAUUCUGUCAAGCGUGCUGUGGGAAAGUCUGGUCUCAUGGGCGGAAUUCUAAGCCCAUUCGGGGAGCUGGAUCUAUUGGAUGAGCUUCGAGACCAAUGGACGCACGAAUCCAAGGUAGGUGAGCUCCUCACCAGUCGUUCGAAACCGGUCAUUAACGAAGGCAUACAGGAUCUCGAGAGAACCUAUCUGAUUCGCACCCUUCAGGGUAUCUCUCAUCAGAAGUCCUUGCGCAUGACCUUCCUCUCCGGCGCUGUGAAUGCUUGCGGUGCUGGACUAGUGCAUGAUCCAGCCCAUCCGUCAAAUCAUAAGACAAUGUACCAACUAAUCUCUUCGCCGGUCGUAAACAGUCCCCCGCCCUCAUAUGUCAUGAAAAUGCUUCACAGCAACAACAAGCCCCUCUAUAUUCCCGCCAACGGCCAUCGCUCGACGCCAUCACAGCCAACCGACACUAAAGAAGAUAUGAUGGAGAUCUUCCAAUCCGACGUGACAGGACAAAGUCGUGAGCACCGCAAGCUGAUGGGCCGUCGAAAUUAUGUUGCUAUCGUUGCUUAUGAUCCGGACGCUGUGAACACGAUGUAUGGACAGGCUAUUUCGAACCCUGGGAGUGGCAGAUUAAACCUUGCCGCGGAUUUCAUGGUCCAGGGAGAUGGAACCUUUGGGACAGUUGUGAAAUACGGACCGGUAAUUGUCCCUAGCCUGGAACCUGGAAAGUGA